CGCGGUUUGCGCCCGCUUGCCAGCCUAGAGGGCGGCGGGGAGCAUAUAACGGGCGGCGCGGCGGGAGAAGACGCAGAGCGCCGCUAGGCUGCCCGGUGCCCGCAGCCUCCGCCGUCUCCGCCGCUCCGCGCCGCCGAGGUCUCCUGCAUGAGCGCGCGGUAGACUCGGCCAGCGCCGCGCUCCCGCCGCCCCGCAGCCUCUGCCCCGCCGGCCCCGCCAGGCCCGCGGGAGCCAUGGUCCUCCUCGGGACGUCCCGCUCGCUGGUUCUGCUGACGCUGCUCGUCGCCGCGGUCCUCCGGUGUCAGGGCCAGGAUGCCCGGAAACCAGGACCAAAGGGACAGAAGGGAGAACCUGGAGACAUCAAGGAUAUUGUAGGACCCAAAGGACCUCCUGGACCUCAGGGACCUGCAGGCGAACAGGGACCCAAAGGUGAUCGUGGUGACAAAGGUGAAAAAGGCCCCCCUGGACCUCGUGGCAGAGAUGGAGAGCCUGGGACCCCUGGAAAUCCUGGCCUCCCUGGUCCUCCCGGCCUCCCCGGCCCCCCCGGCCCCCCUGGCCUUGGUGGAAACUUCGCUGCCCAGAUGGCUGGAGGAUUUGAUGACAAGGCUGGUGGCGCCCAGAUGGGGGUCAUGCAAGGACCGAUGGGCCCCAUGGGACCCCGAGGACCUCCAGGCCCCGCUGGUGCCCCUGGCCCUCAAGGAUUUCAAGGCAACCCUGGAGAACCUGGAGAGCCUGGCGUUUCUGGUCCCAUGGGUCCCCGUGGUCCUCCUGGCCCCCCUGGAAAACCUGGUGAUGAUGGUGAAGCUGGAAAGCCUGGAAAGUCUGGCGAAAGAGGCCUACCAGGCCCUCAGGGUGCUCGUGGCUUCCCAGGAACCCCAGGCCUUCCUGGUGUCAAAGGUCACAGAGGUUACCCUGGCCUAGAUGGUGCUAAGGGAGAAGCUGGUGCCCCGGGCGUGAAGGGUGAGAGUGGCUCCCCUGGGGAGAACGGCUCUCCAGGCCCAAUGGGACCCCGUGGCCUGCCUGGCGAGAGAGGACGGACUGGCCCUGCUGGUGCUGCGGGCGCCCGAGGCAACGAUGGCCAGCCAGGCCCCGCUGGGCCUCCCGGUCCUGUUGGCCCAGCCGGUGGUCCUGGCUUCCCUGGCGCUCCUGGAGCCAAGGGUGAGGCCGGCCCCACUGGAGCCCGUGGCCCUGAAGGCGCUCAAGGUCCCCGAGGCGAACCUGGCAACCCCGGGUCCCCUGGGCCGGCUGGUGCUUCCGGAAACCCCGGAACUGACGGCAUUCCUGGAGCCAAAGGAUCUGCUGGUGCUCCUGGAAUUGCUGGUGCCCCCGGAUUUCCUGGGCCCCGUGGCCCCCCAGGUCCUCAAGGUGCAACAGGUCCUCUAGGUCCAAAAGGUCAGACGGGCGAGCCUGGUAUCGCUGGCUUCAAAGGCGAGCAAGGCCCAAAGGGAGAAACUGGCCCUGCUGGCCCCCAGGGAGCUCCUGGUCCAGCUGGUGAAGAAGGCAAGAGAGGUGCUCGUGGUGAGCCUGGCGGUGCUGGGCCCAUCGGCCCUCCAGGAGAAAGAGGUGCUCCUGGAAACCGAGGUUUCCCAGGUCAGGAUGGUCUGGCGGGUCCCAAGGGAGCCCCUGGAGAGCGAGGGCCCAGCGGCUUGGCUGGCCCCAAGGGAGCCAAUGGUGACCCUGGCCGCCCCGGAGAACCUGGCCUUCCCGGAGCCCGGGGUCUCACUGGUCGCCCUGGUGAUGCUGGGCCUCAGGGCAAAGUUGGUCCAUCCGGAGCUCCCGGUGAAGAUGGGCGUCCUGGACCUCCAGGUCCUCAGGGGGCUCGGGGGCAGCCUGGUGUCAUGGGCUUCCCUGGCCCUAAGGGUGCCAAUGGUGAGCCUGGCAAAGCUGGCGAGAAGGGCCUGGCUGGUGCUCCUGGUCUACGAGGUCUUCCUGGCAAAGAUGGUGAGACAGGAGCUGCAGGCCCCCCCGGCCCCGCUGGACCUGCGGGCGAGCGAGGCGAGCAGGGUGCUCCUGGGCCUUCCGGGUUCCAGGGACUUCCUGGCCCUCCUGGCACCCCCGGUGAAGGUGGAAAACCAGGUGACCAGGGUGUUCCUGGAGAAGCUGGAGCCCCCGGCCUUGUGGGCCCGAGGGGCGAACGGGGCUUCCCGGGUGAGCGUGGGUCUCCUGGUGCCCAAGGCCUACAGGGCGCCCGUGGCCUCCCUGGCACUCCCGGCACGGAUGGCCCCAAAGGUGCAUCUGGCCCAGCUGGCCCUCCUGGGGCCCAGGGCCCUCCGGGUCUGCAGGGAAUGCCUGGAGAGAGAGGAGCUGCAGGCAUCGCGGGCCCCAAGGGAGACAGGGGUGACGUUGGUGAGAAAGGCCCUGAGGGAGCCCCUGGAAAGGAUGGAGGACGAGGUCUCACGGGUCCCAUUGGCCCUCCUGGACCAGCAGGGGCCAACGGCGAGAAGGGAGAAGUCGGCCCUCCUGGUCCCGCGGGAAGUGCUGGUGCGCGUGGUGCCCCGGGUGAACGCGGGGAGACUGGGCCUCCCGGACCUGCUGGAUUUGCUGGACCUCCUGGUGCUGACGGGCAGCCUGGUGCCAAGGGAGAGCAAGGAGAGGCCGGGCAGAAAGGGGAUGCCGGUUCUCCAGGUGCUCAGGGCCCCUCUGGAGCUCCUGGUCCUCAGGGUCCCACUGGAGUGACAGGGCCGAAAGGAGCUCGUGGCGCGCAAGGCCCCCCGGGAGCCACCGGAUUCCCUGGAGCUGCUGGCCGCGUUGGACCCCCAGGCUCCAAUGGCAACCCCGGACCCCCUGGGCCUCCUGGGCCUUCUGGAAAGGAUGGGCCUAAAGGUGCUCGAGGAGACAGUGGCCCUCCCGGCCGAGCUGGUGACCCUGGCCUCCAAGGUCCCGCAGGACCCCCUGGCGAGAAGGGAGAGCCGGGAGACGAUGGUCCCUCUGGUGCCGAUGGUCCCCCAGGUCCCCAGGGUCUGGCUGGACAGAGGGGCAUUGUCGGUCUGCCAGGACAGCGUGGUGAGAGAGGAUUCCCUGGCCUGCCCGGCCCAUCGGGCGAGCCUGGCAAGCAGGGUGCCCCUGGUGCAUCUGGAGACCGAGGUCCCCCUGGUCCCGUGGGGCCUCCAGGUCUAACUGGUCCUGCCGGUGAACCUGGGCGAGAGGGAAGCCCUGGUGCUGAUGGUCCCCCAGGCAGAGACGGCGCAGCUGGAGUCAAAGGUGAUCGCGGUGAGACCGGUGCUGUGGGUGCUCCCGGGGCCCCUGGGCCUCCUGGAUCUCCUGGCCCCUCAGGCCCAACUGGCAAGCAAGGAGACAGAGGAGAGGCUGGUGCACAAGGCCCCAUGGGACCCGCAGGACCUGCAGGAGCCCGUGGAAUCCCUGGCCCUCAAGGCCCCCGAGGGGACAAAGGAGAAUCUGGAGAGCCCGGAGAGAGAGGCGUGAAGGGACAUCGUGGCUUCACCGGCCUGCAGGGCCUGCCCGGCCCUCCUGGCCCCUCUGGAGACCAAGGUGCUGCUGGUCCUGCCGGCCCCUCUGGGCCUCGGGGUCCCCCCGGCCCUGUUGGUCCCUCAGGCAAAGAUGGUGCUAACGGAAUCCCUGGCCCCAUUGGGCCUCCUGGUCCCCGUGGACGCUCAGGUGAAACCGGUCCUGCUGGUCCUCCUGGAAAUCCUGGACCUCCCGGCCCUCCAGGUCCCCCUGGCCCUGGCAUUGACAUGUCUGCCUUUGCUGGCCUAGGCCAGAGGGAAAAGGGCCCCGACCCCCUGCAGUACAUGCGGGCCGACGAGGCAGCCAGCACCCUGCGACAACAUGAUGUGGAGGUAGAUGCCACACUCAAGUCCCUGAACAACCAGAUCGAGAGCCUGCGCAGCCCCGAGGGCUCCCGCAAGAACCCUGCACGUACCUGCCGCGACCUGAAGCUCUGUCACCCUGAGUGGAAGAGCGGAGACUACUGGAUCGACCCCAACCAGGGCUGCACACUGGAUGCCAUGAAGGUCUUCUGCAAUAUGGAGACGGGUGAGACCUGCGUGUACCCCAACCCCGCCAGUGUGCCCAAGAAGAACUGGUGGAGCAGCAAGACUAAGGAGAAGAGGCACAUCUGGUUUGGGGAAACCAUCAACGGGGGCUUCCACUUCAGCUACGGAGAUGACAGCUUGGCUCCCAACACGGCCAAUGUCCAGAUGACCUUCCUCCGCCUGCUGUCCACUGAGGGCUCCCAGAACAUCACCUACCACUGCAAGAACAGCAUCGCCUACUUGGACGAAGCAGCUGGCAACCUCAAGAAGGCCCUGCUCCUCCAGGGCUCCAAUGACGUGGAGAUCCGGGCCGAAGGCAACAGCAGGUUCACGUACACUGCUCUGAAGGAUGGCUGCACGAAACACACUGGUAAGUGGGGCAAGACUGUCAUCGAGUACCGGUCCCAGAAGACCUCACGCCUGCCUGUCAUUGACAUUGCUCCUAUGGACAUAGGCGGGCCCGGGCAGGAAUUCGGCGUGGAAUUAGGGCCUGUCUGCUUCUUGUAAAAGCCCACCCAGAGCCGACACAACCCAUUACAAACCCAAAGGACCCAAGUACUUUCCAAUCCCAGUCACUCUAGGACUCCGCACUGAACGGCUGAGCGGACCUGAGGUCAUGCGUCCACCCAUUCCUGGGUGGGACUGCGCUCUCCUCUCUUUCUAAGAGACCUCAACUGGGCAGACUGCAAAAUAAAAUCUCGGUGUUCUAUUUAUUUAUUGCCUUCCUGUAAGACCUUUGGGUCGAGACAGAGCAGGAAAGUAACUGGAGUGAGUCAAACGCCCCCAAGUGGCUGCCCCAGCCCAGGCAAGAAGACCCUGCAGGGGCUGGGUGCAGGAACUCUGUGUCCUACACAAUGGUGCUAUUCUGUGUCAAAUGCCUCUGUAUUUUGUAAAACAUCAAUUGAUAUUAAAAAAAAUUAUUGGAAAGU